CAACGCCCUCGCCAGACAACCAGGCUGCGCAUUUCAAGUCAUCGGCGAGGCUAAAAUUAACAAUUGGCUGUCAAAAGCAAGAAAAGAAAAACUCGGGAAAUUGUUAAUUAAAAUCGUGACCCACAUCAGCGCAUUCAGCCCCCGGUCGCAGCGAUGACGUGGAAGAAGCAACUGGCGCUGCUGGCCAAGCCAUACUACUGGGUGAACAUCCUGCUGGCCAUAUCGUACCUUUUGGCCAAGAAGACGCAGUUCAUCUGCACCCGCCUAUUUAUUCUCGCCGGAGAGGAUGAAGCGUGCGACCUGGACAGUCGUGAGGUGGAAAUCUUGUUCUUCCUGCUGAUCGUGGUGAUGAUACGGUCACGCAAAACGGGCAGUGUCACCAUGAUCAACUACUUGGCCUCGUCGUUCCUCUACACCAAAGUGGCCAAUGCCAUUUUGUGGGCCUAUGCGGACUUCCGCUACGGCCUGGGCUUUCUGCUGCUUUGCGUCCUGGUGGGCAUGGUCCUGCCGGAGCCCUCGUACCGCGGACCGGAGCACAUCACCUACUUCCGCAACGCACAGGUUUUCGAAGAGGAGUUGGCCAGAGACAAGCGGACCACCUGGCUUAUCUGCUUCUACACUGUGUGGAAUCCAAGCUGUGUGAACUUUGCCCCCGUUUUUGCCGAACUCUCCGCGGAGUACAACACGGACCACCUGAAGUUCGGCAAGGUUGACAUUGGACGCUUUCCGGACGUGGCCCAAAAGUAUCGCAUCUCGGACAGCAGCUUCUCCCGACAGCUGCCCACUGUGAUCCUGUUCCAACAGGGCAAGGAGACGGACCGCAGGCCCUGCGUCGACUCCAAGGGCAAACUGCAGAAGUUCUUCUUCUCCAGCGACAAUGUGCGCGCCGCCUUUGGCCUCAACCAGCUGUACAAGGAGGCCGUGGAGCGACUGCCCAUCGCGCCCAAGGAGGCCAAGAAGCUGCAGUAGGCUGUCCUGGCCCCCACUGCUGCCAUCUCAUUUCUGCGUGCACGUGCUAAUAACUGUUAUUCGUUUAGUUCAUAGUUUAUUUUAACUUAUUGAGGAGCUGCCACCGCCGAAGACACGUUCAAUUGCACUAAUAAUUGCAUUCUAAACUCAAACGUGCUUUCGUCGCGAUGCCAUUGUAGAAAAUAUUUGUAUGAUCUUGCAUUUGCAUAAAUUGUAGCUAAUCACCAGGUACCAAAUAUAUUUUAAAAUGUGAAAUGAGUCAACGAAGUUACAAGUUCCUCUUUCAUUCCCUGCCGAGUCUACUAUUUCAUUCAAUUAGCACCGCUUAAACGAUCAUUUCCGGUUCUCAUUUAAGAACAAGUUUACUUCAAGAUGUACUGGGCAAGCGUAAAUUGAAGAGUUUAUUGCUGUGCGCAAAUAUGAAGGUGUAGCUAGUAAAAUAAUACCUCGUUGUGGAAAACUAGGGAGUGAAUAAAGCUUUAGAAAGGCAUCCAUCCAUAUUGAUAGUCGGUACAUGUGUACAUAUAUAAAGUGUUUGUGGCAACCCACAAUUUUAUGACAUAUUUAUGUGUUUUAUAUGUUAUGACUUGCCGCUUA